AUGGCAACCUCCUCCGCCUCGCACCGGCCCAUCAAGGGGAUCUUGAAGAACAAAUCCUCCACAACCUCCUCUGUGGUGGCAUCCGCCCAACAGCCUGGAGGAGCUAUGGAGGGGGUGAUGCGAAAAAAAUCCCAGAAGUGGGACGAAUCGAGCAUCCUGGCGACAUACCGCCCAGGAUACAAAGACUAUGAUUUAAUGAAGGUAAACGAGCCCAGUAAUCCCUGCCUUAAUACACCAGAUGAGGGUGAAGAUACAGUGUGUAAUUCCGAGACAAAGGAAUGUAUGACCCCAGAGAGCUUAGCUAAGAAACUAGCCGCAAUCAAAACCUGGGAUCCCAGGCGUAGGGUGGAGGAACAAGAGAGCAUUGGGGAGGAAGAAUGGAAAAUCUUACGUGAGAAACAAGAGAAACAGCGGCAGUUUGAGAUGAAAAGGAAGCUUCACUACAAUGAAGGAAGGAACAUUAAGUUAGCUAGGCAAUUAAUUUCCUUGGAUUUAGAAGCCGAAGAGGAGAAGAAUGAAAACGAAGAAUGUUGGCAUGAGACUAAUGAAGAAAACACCACCACAGAAGAAUCAGAAGAAGGCAUUGCAAGCGAAGAACUGCAAGCCAAAUCAUGCGACUCAUAGAAAACAUUUUUUCCACGCUCAAAUCGUUUGGCAGCUACAAAUCCUGUUACUAUAAUAUCCGGCUUCUUAUUGUCUACAGCUCUUGC